AUGAAAUUUGUGCCACUAGCAAUUCAUCUUUAAACAAUUGCAGAAUUAUAUGAAAAAUGUGCUCAACUUUCUUAAUAAUUAUAUGAAUAAAACUCAAAAACUGAUCAAGAUGCAAAAAGUACAAAUGAAAAUACACAACUUUCAGAAAGUAUAGAAAUUGAUGAAAUACAAAAUGUUUCUACUAAAUCAUAAAUUAUUAAAACCAAAGAUAAUAUUAAACAAAAUAUUAAAAAAAUUAAAACUCAAAAUAAUCUAAAAGUUUAAAAUUAAUGUUCAGAUUGCAAUCAAGUUUAUGAAGUUAAAGUAAAAAAGAAAAGUAAAAAACAUAAGCAUAUUAAUAAAAAGAAAACUAAAAAAAGUAGAUAAUUAGUCAAAUAAUUAAGAUAAUAAUAAUAAUAAUAAUAAUAAUAAUAAUAAUAAUAAUAAUAAUCAAAAUAAUUUGAAAUAGAUUUAAAUGAAAGAACAAAUAGUGAAAAUUCUAAAAUAAACAAAAAUGAAAUUAUGAAUACUUCUUUACUUGAAAAUUAAGAUAUAAGAGAUGAUAUUUAAAAUUAAGAUAGUCAAGAUGAAUUUGAAAUUUCAUUAUGA